UCAAUAAUACAACUAUGCAUUUCUCAAUACGGACGCGAUCCGCGUCAAACAAAUAUAAUGAUAAAAAGCCAACAAACUCCACAUUAAAUUUAGAUACAACUGGUUUAUUUCGUGAUAGUCGUCUACGAAUAAGGUGUUUUGCUGAAAUAACGCCAGUUUACAAGGCAUCAGCUUUGAUUGAAAUAACUGAGGAGCGUCCUUAUCUUGCAUCGAUUACGGGUGAUGCAUCGCCCCACAGUCGUCAAUCCGAUGGAUGUAGUCAAGUCAUCUUGAUAUCCUUUUGGUCUCAUAAAUCAGCAGUGUUGGUGCUAAGCCUAUUCCUAAACCUACUAAUAGGAACCGUUUCAACAAGAUAGUUACUGUGUAGUGUAACUAUGCAAAUGAUAACUCAAGGACGUCCUCUCUGCUUGCCCCAAUUACAUCGUCCAUGUAAACCUAGUAGCCUAGGGCUUCCAAUUAUGUAUGUUACUAUGUACAAUGGAGUAGAUAGAUGAAUGAUUUUUAUUCGAGGGGUGAUAUAAUGAGAGAGGUUUGAUGAGUAAAUGUGACAAAAAUUACAAAAAAUUAAAAAUGUUAAUAAAUGAAUUAAAAUAUAAGACCGAAACU